AGUCUCCUUUUCCACAAAUAUUUCAAUGGCUCAAAGCAACCAUGAGUUACCUCACUUAGUUCUUUUGCCCUCGCCUGGAAUGGGACAUAUCAUUCCGCUUGUCGAAUUCGCCAAACGACUCGUAAAACUCCACAAUUUCUCCGUAACCGUCAUCAUUCUCUCCGAUGGCCCCAUACCGAAUGCCCACAAGGCAUUCCUCGAUGACAUGCCCGAAAGGAUAGGUUAUCGUGUACUACCUCAAGCCAAUACCGAUGACUUGUCACUUGAAACAAGAAUCGAGACACGAAUGUUCGUCAUGAUCAAUCGUUCUCUACCUUUGAUCCGCCAAGACCUUGUGUCUAUUGCUUCAAACUAUCGGGUUGUGGCCUUUUUAACCGAUAUAUUCGGAUUUGCAUCGUUGGAAAUUGCCAAGGAGUUGAAUAUCUCGCCUUAUAUCUUUUGUCCAUCCACGGCUAUGACUCUAUGUGUACUUCUUUACUUGCCGACACUCGAUAAGGAAGUGAAAUGCGAAUAUAAGGAUUUGAUUGAACCGGUUCGGAUUCCGGGUUGUAUUCCUAUCCACGGAAGGGAUCUUAUGGACCCGGUCCAAGAUAGGAAGAACGAGGCUUACAUGCAUAUACUUUCGGCCGAGAAGGGAUAUAGAAUGGCCGAAGGAAUUCUUUUGAAUAAUUUCCAUGAUUUGGAGCCUUUGGCUAUCAAGGCUUUACAAGAGGUCGACUCGGGUAAACUAAAAAUUUACCCGGUAGGACCUCUCGUAAAAAUGGAUACCAAAUCGGGCGCGGAGUCGGAAUGCCUGAAGUGGUUGGGUGGACAACCCACCAAUUCCGUUCUAUUCGUCUCCUUCGGAAGUGGUGGAACCCUAACAUACUCACAACUCACCGAGUUGGCUCACGGGUUGGAGUUGAGCCAACAACGAUUCAUAUGGGUUGUGAGGAUACCGUGUGAUGGACCCGCUGAGUCAAACUAUUUCAUAGACCACAGCCUAAACGAUCCUUUGUCAUACUUACCCAAAGGAUUCAUUGACCGUGUGAAAGGAUAUGGACUCGUUCUUCCUUCGUGGGGCCCACAAGCCGAGAUCCUCAUGCACGAGUCGACCGGCGGUUUCUUGACUCAUUGCGGUUGGAAUUCGACUUUGGAGAGUGUUGUAACCGGGGUGCCCUUGAUUGCAUGGCCACUUUACGCCGAGCAAAAGAUGAACGCGGUGUUGUUGACCGAUGAUUUAAAAGUGGCAUUGAGGGCCGAGGCGGAUGAGAAUGGGCUUGUGGGGCGUGUCGAGGUAGCUCGGUUGGUGAAAACGCUAAUGGAAGGGGAAGAAGGGGAAAGAGUUCGAAGUAGAAUGAAGGAAUUGAAAGAGGCUUCCAAGAAGGUAUUGGCCGAAGAUGGAUCAUCUACUAAGGCACUUGCCGAGGUAGCUAAGAAAUGGAUGGGUGCAUAAGUUUCUUGAGAACCAUUAUAACCUUUAAAGCUUGAUUGUGUUUUUUUUAAUAUAUGUUGUUGUAUUCCUUUUGAUUUCCUUUCUUUGUUAAGUUGUAAUGAAUAAACCUUGUCUUCGC